AUCAUCAUCAACUAAACUAAAAUAAAAUCCUUUAAUUUUGAGUUCCUUUUGACUAUAUUUUCUAACCAAUUAUUCUUUUUUUUUCUUUUUUCUUUUUGAAAGGCAUUAAUUAACAUUAUAGUAUACAAUAUAUACCUACCUAGUCGUCUUGUUCACCGUUCAUUUAGCAUCCAUGGCAGAAGCAAAACUAAGGUAUGCUGUUGUUACAGGGUCAAACAGAGGGAUAGGAUUUGAGACAGUUAAGGAAUUGGCCUCAAAUGGAAUCAAGGUGGUUCUCACAGCAAGAGAUGAGAAGAAAGGCAAUGAAGCCAUUGAAAAAUUGAAAGAUUUUGGUCUCUCUGACUUUGUGGUUCUUCACCAGCUUGAUGUCACUGACCAUGCUAGCAUUUCAUCUUUGGUACAAUUUGUUAACACACACUUUGGGAGACUUGAUAUAUUGGUGAACAAUGCAGGAAUAAGUGGUGUGAAUCCAGAUGAAAAGGGGAAAGCAACAAUCAUCUGGGAAGAACUGACUCAAACUUAUGAAAUGGCUGAAAAAUGCAUAUUGACAAAUUACUAUGGUGCUAAGGACACAACUGAGGCAUUUCUACCCCUUCUCAAGUUAUCUGAUUCACCUAUUAUCGUUAAUGUUUCCUCGCGAGGAGGAUUGUUAAAGCACAUAUCAAACAAAUGGGCAAAAGGGGUGCUAGAUGAUGAUGAGAAUCUAACAGAAGAGAGAAUAGAUGAGGUGUUGAAGGAGUUUAUGGAAGACUUCAAAGAAGGUUUGAUAGAAAGCAAUGGGUGGCCAACCUUGUUAUCUGCAAAUAGAGUAUCAAAAGCAGCAUUGAAUUCUUACACAAGAAUUCUGGCAAAGAAGCAUCCAAACUUGUGCAUCAAUUGUCUCUGCCCUGGUUUUGUGAAAACAGACAUAAAUAGGAAUACUGGAAUCUUAUCUGUCAGUGAAGGUGCUGCAAGUGUUGUCAGAUUAGCACUUCUAUCUCAUGGUUCCCCUUCUGGCCUUUUCUUUAUUAGGCAAGAAUUGUCAACUUUUUAAAUUAUUACUUAUCAUUUUAGAACGCUUUAAUUACUCUAUUAAUCCAUAUAAUUUUAUCAAAUUUG